AUGACAAUUUCAACUGAAUCAUUUUUGUGCAAAAAAGAUUCUUCUUCUUUCUCCACUUCUUUCUUAUUUUUUCUUCUUCUCUUCCUCCUCCUCCUCCUCUUUAUUCUUUCUGCUCCUCUUCCUUCUCCUCCUCCUUCUCCUUUCUUCUUCUUGAAUCAUUUUUUUUGUGGUUGGAAUGUCGAACUGAACCCUUUUAUUAUCUAUCAUCUAUCUAUCUAUCUAUCUAUCUAUCCCAUUGUUAUAUUAUCUAUUUAUCUAUCUAUCUAUCUAUCUAUCUAUCUAUCUAUCUAUCUAUCUAUCUAUCUAUCUAUCUAUCUAUCUCAGUCUGUUCUUUUAUAUCUAUCCAUCUAUUUAUCUAUCACAGGCUGUUCUUAUCUAUCCCAGUUUGUUCUUAUCUAUCUAUCUAUCUAUCUAUCUAUCUAUCUAUCUAUUCUAUUAUCUCAGUCAGUUUGUUCUUAUCUAUCCCAUCUAUCUAUCUAUCUAUCUAUCUAUCUAUCUAUCUAUCUAUCUAUCUAUCUUUUAUAUAUCUAUUUAUCUAUCACAGGCUGUUCUGUUCCCAGUUUGUUCUUAUCUAUCUAUCUAUUUAUCUAUCUAUCUAUCUAUCUAUCUAUCUAUCUCUCAGUCUGUUCUUUUUAUAUCUAUUCAUUUUGUUAUCUGUUCUUAUCUAUCCCAGUUCUAUCUAUCUAUCUAUCUAUCUAUCUAUCUAUCUAUCUAUCUAUCUAUCUAUCCCAGUCUGGUCUUUUAUAUCUAUCCAUCUAUUUAUCUCAGCUGUUCUUAUUCCAGUUUGUUCUUAUCUAUCUAUCUAUUAUCUAUCUAUCUAUCUAUCUAUCUAUCUAUCUAUCUAUCUAUUUAUCUAUAUCUAUCUAUCCCAGUCUGUCUAUCUUUAUCUAUCUAUUUAUCUAUCUCAGUCUGUUCUUUUAUAUCUAUCCAUCUAUCUAUCUAUCUAUCCCAGUUUGUUCUUAUUAUCUAUCUAUCUAUCUAUCUAUCUAUCUAUCUAUCUAUCUCAUCUAUCUAUCCAUCUAUCUAUCCCAGUUUGGUCUAUUUUAUAUCUAUUUAUCUAUCUCAGUUUGUCUAUCCAUCUAUUUAUCUAUAUCUAUCUAUCUAUCUUAUCUAUCUAUCUAUCUAUCUAUCUAUCUAUCUAUCUAUCUAUCUAUCUCAGUCUGUUCUUUUAUAUCUAUCCAUCUAUUUUAUCCAGGCUGUCAGUUUGUUCUUAUCUAUCUUCCUUUAUAUCUAUCUUUAUCUAUCAUCUAUUUAUCUAUUCUUAUCUAUCUAUUCCAGUUUAUCUAUCUAUCUAUCUAUAUCUAUCUAUAUCUAUCUAUCUUAUCUAUCUAUCUAUCUAUCUAUCUAUCUAUCUAUCAUCUAUCUUUGUUUCUUUUAUAUCUAUCCAUCUAUUUAUCUAUCUCUUAUCUAUCCCAGUUUGUUCUUUUAUAUCUAUAUUACCCCAGUCCCAAUCAGUUUGUUCUUAUUAUCUAUCUAUCUAUCUAUCUAUCUAUCUAUCUAUCUAUCUAUAUUCUUAUCUAUCUAUUCCAGUUUGUUUUUUUAUUUCUAUCUAUCUAUCUAUCUAUCUAUCUAUCUAUCUAUCUAUAUCUUCUCCCAGCCUAUAUUUAUCUAUCUAGGUCUUUUUAUCUAUCUAUCUAUCUAUCUAUCUAUCUGUUUGUUUAG